UCUUGCCCUAACGUUUCUGUUUCCGGUCUUGUUGUGUAUCUCGGGUGUCGAUUGUAAUGCAUGUUAGAUAUCAGCUAAAAUUAAUUUCAAGGACCAACUCCUGGUUCAAAACAUAAGGACAUGUCGAUAUUGCUGCCGUUAACCGGGAGAGUUUUCGCCCAGAGAGAAACGCUUCUGGGCAGUGAAGAGUCUUGAUUUUCUGGUCUGAGAAGUAGAGGGCUCCACAGCUCCCCCACCUGGCUGCUUUGCUGUCUGCUCUUUCUGGAGUGAGCGUGUUAACUCACACCCUUUAUGUGGGGAUGGUGGGCCACUUUCGCAGCUAUGUUUGGGACCCAGUCCUGAUUGUGUCCCAGAUCAUACUGAUGCAGUGUAUCUACUACAGCUUCCUGGGGCUGUGGCUGGCUGGAGUUGACAGCCUUGUGCAGAACAGCCGAUCCCUCGAUCAGAUCUUCAGUUACGAGGUUCUAGGCUUCUCCACACCUCAGGGCAGGCUGUCAAUGAUGGCGUUUAUACUGAACUCGCUCACAUGCGCUCUUGGCUUGUGGUUUUUUGUGCGUCGAGGGAAGAAGUGCUUGGAUUUCACUGUGACGAUCCACUUCUUCCACCUGAUUGGCUGCUGGAUCUACAAUGCUCGCUUCCCCGGCGCCCUCUCCUGGUGGCUGGUCAACGUGGUGUGCAUGGCCCUGAUGGCUGUGAUCGGGGAGUACCUGUGCAUGAGGACUGAACUGAGGGCCAUUCCUGUCAACACUGGACCCAAAUCCACUCUCUGAGCCCCUGUGUGUGGGCGGUGAGGGCGUGGCCUCUGUAGACAUUGCUGUGACUGGCAGAGAGAGGGGAAGGGGGCUAAACCACUUUUCUGGAAUGCCAAUCUCCACUUUUGUUACCGUAUUGUUUACUGAUGCUGGAGAUGAUUCAAUUCAUGUGUCCUUCAUUCAGACCUUUUUUCAAGCUGUGUGGGAUUAUUCCUCCUCAGAAGACUUUCAGCAGCUUCUGAAGGAUGGAGACCGGUAGCUGGAAGUGUUAUAAUAAAUAAAGGACUUGGGUUUUACACUUAAAGAACUAAUGUGAUACGGGUUAAUUCUCAAAGGAGUGCAGUGUUGAAACAGGAUUUCUGCCCUUUGAAAAAUAAAUGGGUAACCGACUGAGCGCCCCAAUUGCUGAGCCCAAAACAUGCUCUACAAUUUUGCCUGCCCGGGAUUCCACAGAGCAGGCAGCGAGAGAAAUCAGAUGUGUGUUGGUUAGCAGCACCCCCCUUUAAAAGUUUACCAUAGUGAAAGCGCAGCAGUACAAGUGUACUAUAUCACAGUGAAAUAUGGUAAAGCAUAAGUAUUAAACGGGCAAAUGCUUGUAUAACCAAAAGAAUGGGGAAAAUAACUGCAAAAUGAUAGUGGGAAAACUUUUAUAAGGGCUGCCCUACACAUCAUUUCAUUUCAUGCACUUGAAUCUAUUCAUAGUUUAACCCUUCAGUUUAGUUUUCAGUACAAUGUAAUAUAUAUAUAUAUAUAUAUAUAUAUAUAUAUAUAUAUAUAUAUAUAUAUAUAUAUAUAUAUAUAUAUACACACACACACCUACCCAUUGUUAGAAACCUUACCCAGAUUACAGCUAAAAAACAGGUUUUUAAAGAUAGCCACAGAGCACAUUUUUCUUUUUUUCUGGAACUCUCAUCAUAUCGGAAUAAGUCAUACAGAAAAUGGCAGGCAGUUGACAUGUUUAGACAAAGGGACUCAUUAUUGUUGAGAUGUUUAGUAAUUCUUUUUUGUUGUUAGUAAUUGCAAGGCAUGCUAAUCAAGACUUUAAACCCAUUUCUGCUGUGUUGUACAUUUUUCAAGUACAAUGUUAUAAAUUAAGUGUUUUAAGUUUGCUUCUUGCUGAUCCUGAUCACUUCCAGUGCUAUAGGGCUCUAUCUAUAUUACUUUGGAGGAAACCUGCAACUGCAGUUCUCUGCCUGUAUGAUUCCUGAGAAAGUGAAAGUGAAAGUGCUUCUGAGAAAGUGCUUCUUGGAAAGCCGACCCGUGUUGCAAACUGCAGCCUCAGCACCGUGUGUAAAACAAUUAGAGCACAGGAUGCUGCAUUGAGCUGGGGAUGGAUAAUAAGAUUAAGCAAGAGAAUCAAACACAUAGUCAGUUCAUUCCUCCCAGUUACCUCCCUGUCCAUUUAUCUUCGUAGAGUGAAGAGGCAGAUUCCAGAUACUGCAGCUGUCAGAAUUUUAAAUCUUGCAAAGACCUAACAACUUGUAGCUGCUAACAAAGAACUAUCCAUGUGCUUUUAAUAUCUAUGUAUAUCUAUGUAUAUGUAUAUAUCUCAUAAUGUGCUAAAACUUGCUAAGGACAUUAUUUAGCAAAACUGAUUGGAGUAUCAGAAUAUGAGGGUGCGUGGAGUAGGGAAUGGGGUGUCACGGUAUACUGGCUUUACGGUAAACAGAUUAGUCAAGUAGGUUAUUAAAUAAAUGACGUAAUAUUUAAUCUAAACUGCCCUACUAAACAAUGAUCACUAGAAAACAUGGUUGUCAGUAAAUGAAACACAAAUACUCAAAUAUCGGCAAGAACAAGCACUGUAAAUUCAUCACUGGCUUCCUAUUAAUUUACCAAACCAAAGAGGUAACAGUAGCUAUUUAUAUAUCGUUUCGGUCAAGAGGGACGCAGUAAGCACACACCCAUGCAGAGAAUCAAAAAGUCUAUUCACUACUAUAUAACUGUCUAAGAUGCUACAUGCAUUUGUAUUAUCUAUAUUUUAAACGGUAUUGUAAAGAUGUUGCCGUCGCUUCGAGUUGAUAGUGUUGUAGGGCUUUUGGUUUCAAAAAUUAAUUCCCAUUUAAAAAAAAAAAAAAAAAAAAAAAAUCCCUUAGAUGCCGUUUAACUUUGCAAUGGUGUCAUACCAAACUUAACUAUUCUUCUUUCCUUUGUAUUUGUUGUUGUUAACGUGCAGUCAAACAAACAAACAAAAAAAACUAUUUGCAGGCGCCAUCGUCUCAUCAUGAAGCUUUGCACUCUGCUGAGAGAUUAGUGAACGGGCACGUCUUGAAACGCACUGGAUUGGCUAUUGCGAGGUAACACUUUGCUUUUCUUAACUAAUGGGAUGCCGUCGAAACUGAUAAAGAGGGUACUCGGUUGCAGUGGUCACAUCCUUACCCCCUACCUUUCCAAACUGAGCCCAGAAAAAUGUUAAUAUUUUGGUGUUUCUCCACGGUAAUUUGAAAUAAAAAAGCAGCAUUAUUUUGCUGAGCCUGUGUGAGCUGGAGUGAACACUUCUUCCAGUUAGGUAGUGCGUGAUAGAACUUGUGUGUUGUAUUUGUUUUAAAACUUUAAAUUUAAAGGUAUAUUGUUAAAUUACUUGACUUGAGUGUAUUUCUUUAAAUAGCCAUUUAAAACCGGAUUACAAAAACAGAAAUGACAUUAUACCGUGACAUCCCUAGCGUGGAGGCACCCAGUCCACCUGUCUGCAUGUCACACUUGUAUUUGCACAUGUACCCAGAGAAGCGCUUCUCCACUUGAGAGGGAAGUGCAUCAGUCUUGGGGCUGUGAAGGCACUGUGUCUGUGUCAUGCUUACAUUUUUACAUCUAAAAAAACACUUGGGAUGCAACUGGUUUUUCAGUUCUCUGGUUGAUUCAAAUAGAAGAUAUGUUCAUUUUUUUGAAGAAAUAAGAUCCAACUGCGUGUUCAGGUUACGCAGGUGAAGUUACUAUCGCUAGAGUGUCCUUUUAAAUAACUAUUAUUCAGUUGCUAACGUAAGCUGUGCUUUAAAGAAACACAGUGACAGUCUGAUCACAAUUAGAUGUUUAUGUUCAUUUAUGUUCACAAAGAGGUUUUGCAUGGGGAGACUAGCAUGAUGUUUACAAAAACGGGCAUGCUUUGAGGUGUGCUCAUACCAGCAUCCUUGCUGCUAUUGGUACUUACUGAUAUGGAACCAUGGCACUGCAAUGGACUGUCAGCUAGUGCAGAUUGUUGUUUUUUUUUUUUUUCCAUUAUGUUGCAUGUUGAAAUAUGAGACCAAUGUGCCACAAUUCUAGCAAUGAUAUCCCGUUUCAGCUGCCCUUGUAGUACCAUUGGGCCACAAGAACUUCAAACAUAAAAAAUGAAACAAAAGGAAGCCAUUCUGUCCAUUGGUGCUAGCCCAGUUCCUAGGAACUGGCUGAUCUCUCUUUGUCAAACCGGAUCUUACGGACCCCAAUGAUGCAACAGGUAACCCAUCCCAUACCGUAGCCACAAAGAAGUGUGUCCUACCUACUACUGUAUUUCCUUUGAAGACAUUUGUGAAGGGAAGCAGUGAGCAUUAGAACAUGAUAUGCUUCACUACCCAGCAUGUAAAAACGUUUGUGUAGAAAAACAGACAAGCCUUAUUGAAUGAUCGUUCUCUUGUGUGGCUGAUAUUGUUUAGUUUUGCGCACAGCACCAGCGUGUGAAAAGAGAAUUCUGCAUACACUGCUGCCCUAGUUCUGUUGCCGUGGUUACAGCAAUUAUUCCCUCCAGAUUCUUUGAAGUCUGCUGUGCUUAUUAGUAGUUUCUCUUGCUUGCCGUUUAUUUUUCUCCCUUCACUGUCUGUUUCUGCAGGGUAGCACAGAAAGCAGGUAGUAACUGAUAGGUAGAUGAAACCGAAGCUCCAAUUGUUUUUUUUUGGAGGGAAUCUUGUAGCAGAAUGACUGCAUGACAUAUUAUUUUAAAUCUUGUAGUUUUUCACUUCCGCCAGCAGAGGUCUCCCUUCCUCAAUGAUAAGACUUGAAUGCUGCUUGGUUUUGAGUUGUGUGUGUGUGAGAGAGCAGGGUGUCUGUGUCCUUGCACAGUUUGUAGCUGGUCUUGUUAUAAAUGGAAAUUUAAAUGAAUUAAUUUGUUUUUAAUUACGUGCUCAGGCUGCUGUUAAGUACUGUAAGAAUUUGGAGCACCUCAGUCCUGACAUGAACACCCCCUACCUGCCAUUCAGUACUGGGCCUCUCUCAAGCAGAGACUGACACCUCUGACAUACUGUGUAGUGCCUGUCUAGUGAAUGACUGAUGAACCACCGAAGACACUGAGCUUGGACCCCACAAAAUAUCCAAUGGGGUACAAUUCUAUGUGGCAGCCUGGUCCCAUUAUAGCUGCCCCAUUGCCUGCAGGCCAGAACCAUCUGCCAGUGAAGAUCCUGAGAGAAGACUGGGUGCAAGGAAAGUGGAAUUCCACAGCCUUGCUAGUGUAAAAAGUCACAUAUUAAUAAGUGCUUGUAAAGAAAGGUGUUUCUGACUAGCUCGUUAGUGUAAGUUGUUAAUUACUGUGCUGGCAGGUAGAAGGCUGUGGGGCUGUGUUGAGCUGCUUGCUGAUAAGUGGCUGGGAAAAGGAAAGCUCACAGCUAUACAGCAGAAGGAUGAGUCCACCCAGUUUCCAGAACGAUCUGAAACCCCUUCACCAAAUGAUCUGCAAUGGUGCAGCUUUUCAAUGCAGCACAGCGACACUAAUGCAACGUUCUAAUACAUUCCAGGCUUGAACGAAUGGGCACAUGGUGUUGGCAGAGACAGUGUGCUACCGUGUCGCGACCAUUGUACAGAGCAUUAGAAAUCAUGAGAAAUCAACACAACGCGUUAAGAUUUGAUUAAAACUCCAGCACAUCUUGUGUGUGCACUGAACAUAGCUUUAAAGUCUAAAAGACAACAGCACUCUUUGUGAUUGAUAGCAAUUCCUGAUACAGUCAUCAUUGAGCUUAACAACCACCUCCACUGUAUCUUCUUAUCAAGGGGUUUCGAAAUCUAUUGUGUGGAUCACAAAUUCCUGAAAAUGGAUGCAUUUAUGGAACCUUUGGGGGGGGGGGGGGGGUGGAGGCUAGAUCAGGGUACUUGGCCUCGUGGCGGUAUUAUGGACCCCUAAAGCAUAUCUUCACCCCACAGAAUGGCUCAGAUUGAGGGAGUCCAGUGGAUUGCUUCUCUGAUCACUGUGAUUGCUUCUGCUGUGAAGAAACAGGGUGUUUUUAUAGCUAUGAAUCUGUUCCAUUUUAAGAGAUGGUAUCACAGUGAUAACAUUUUCAUAUUUUGAUAUGACAAUGGUAUGAACAAAUAAAUAGUGCAAACCCAUUCCAGGUCAUAGCAAUACCAGACAGUGCACUACCAUAUCCAAACUUUCUGGAAUAUUGGUUCCAGAUCCAUGGUGUUGACCUGCUGGUAAUGCUGUCAUCUGCUAAUGGUUCUGCUCUGCUUUCUUAAGGGUGAGACACCAGGAUUAUAAAGGGAUCAAGAUUGUUCUACCUUUUCUGUAAGGGUUAUCUUGCUUUGUAUGCCACAAAGUAGGAAUGUAACUUGCUCCCGCUUUGCCCUCGACAGCGUGGGAGUGUGAUUAUUGUGUGGGCGACUGCUGCUAUCUAGUCUAAUAAAAAAAAAAAAAAAACUUUCUCUCAAAGUGAUGAGUUUUUAUUUAAAGGUAAAGGACGUGGAUCGAAAAACCUCCCUUUUUAGCCCUACGACCUGCUUGAAAAAUAAAAUUUCUCGAUUUUUAUGUCACUUGAUAGAAAAUAAUAAUUUGAUGAAUAUCGAUUACAGUGCCGCAGUGCCCCCCUUAUUUGUUCAUCUCUCUAAAAACUCAAAGGCGUGACCUUCUGACUUCAUGGUUAUGUUUUUACUUCUCACAGUUAUUUAAAGAAAUCGAUAGAAAUUAAACAGUGGCUUUACUGAGGAACCCGAGAGACACGUCUGUCGAGCUUUUGUGAUGGAGUCUUGAUUGCUUU